AUGGAUUAAGAAUAGUUGGAAUUCGAUUAUGAAGAUGAGUUUCAGGAUCUAAACUUAGAGUAGUAGCUAGCAUAGCCUACAAGGUUUUUAAAAAGCUAAAAUGGUGAAAAACAAUAAAUAUAAACUAAUACAGAAAUGUAGAAUAAAGAAGAUAUUACUAAUUAAAAGAAGCAUUUAUAAAAGCCUAAAAAGCCUUUGAGUGCAUACUUUUUAUUUAUUUAAGACUAUAAGCAAAAAUGUGGAAGCAAAAUAAACUUGAAAGAAAUGGGAAAUAUAUGGAAUGAAACUUCGUAAGAUGAAAAGCAAAUAUACUAUAAAAAAUAAGAAGAAGAAAAAGCUCGCUUUAAAAAAGAAAUGGACGAAUAUAUUGAAUAGCAAGGUGACGAGGAAAAUGAAGAACAAUUAGAUAAUGAAUUAGAUAUUGCUUUUCCUAUAUCAAGGAUUAAAGGUAUUCUUAAAGUUGAUGAAGACAAUAAACUAUUAAGCAAAGACACACUCCUUUACUUUGAAAAAGCUACAGAAUUAUUUGGGGGUUAUUUAGCUUAAAAAUGUUUUAGAAAUAUGCAAUAAAAUCGCAGAAAAAAAUUAUAAACUGGUGAUCUAUAUGAAGUAAUUAAAAGGGACAUGUACUUGAACUUCUUAUAAUGUAUGGUGCCUUAAGAAGCAACUGGUGAAGAAGAAAACCAAUAAAAUGUAAUUAGUGGAAGCUAGCAGUCAUCAAAAACAAAAUCUCGCAAAAGAUUAGUCAUUGCUGACGAUGAAGAUGUAAACUAAGAAGGCAACAUGGAAAUAGAAAAUAAAGAUUUAGAGUAAUAGGAGAUUCCUGAAUCAAGUAAUAAAAAAAAUGUUAAUACUAAGAGCAAUAAUAAACCAGGUAAAAAAGAAAAGGUUGUGCUACCUCCUGCUAAUAAUAGCAGGAUCGACAGCUUUUUUACUAAAAAGUGA